UGGAGCACACGUUCAGCGUGGGGGACGCAGCGGCAGUCCACCAGUCCACCACCCACUCCUCGCCGUCUUGUUAUGGCCUCCUCAUCAGCUGCGGCCGUCUCCUGCAGGUUUUUGUCCCCGCUAGCCACGACCUCCCGCACUCUGCUCUCAUCUACCCUGCCCACAGCCGCGACAUCGAGGAGGAGGCUGCUCCUCUCCACCACCACCCCCACCAUUUGCGCCGCUGCCAUGGCCGUCUCCAGCAAGGCGGGCCCCGCUUCUUUCAAGGUCGUGGACUCCCACCUUCACGUCUGGGCGUCACCCCUGCAGGCUGCCGAUAAGUACCCGUAUUUCCCGGGCCAGGAGGCGACGCUCCGGGGUGAUGUGGACUUCUUGCUCGAGUGUAUGGAUGAAGCUGGAGUCGAAGGUGCACUUAUUGUUCAACCAAUCAAUCAUAUGUUUGAUCACUCUUUAGUGACUAGCGUGUUGAAGAAAUAUCCAUCAAAAUUCAUGGGCUGCUGCCUCGCAAAUCCGGCAGAUGAUGGGAGUGGAAUUAAACAGCUUGAACAUCUUAUUGUGCAAGAAAAAUACCGUGCUGUCCGAUUCAACCCAAACUUAUGGCCUUCAGGUCAAAAGAUGACCAAUGAGGUCGGGAGAUCAUUAUUUGCUAAGGCUGGAGAACUUGGAGCGCCUGUUGGAAUAAUGGUGAUGAAGGGUAUCAGUUCGUAUAUUCAGGAAAUAGAGGAGCUGUGUACGGAUUAUCCUGAGACUACGGUUAUUUUUGAUCAUAUGGCUUUCUGCAAGCCACCAACGAAUGAUGAUGAAGAGAAGGCAUUCUCUUCAUUUCUGAACCUGUCCAGAUUCCCGCAGGUUUACGUCAAAUACAGUGCUCUUUUCCGGAUCUCAAGAGAAGCCUAUCCAUAUGAGGACACGUCUCAGCUUCUUUCUCGUGUGAUCUCCAGCUACGGAGCCAAUCGAAUAAUGUGGGGAAGUGACUUCCCCUAUGUCGUUCCUGAAUGUGGCUACAAAGGAGCAAAGGAGGCAAUCUCUCAUGUCUUGGGCAACAUAGCUCUUUCUUCAUCGGAUUUGGAGUGGAUCUUAGGCAAAACAGUGAGCCAGCUAUUCCAUGGUGCAUGGGUUACUCCAUGAGGGAGAUGUCUUUUACCCAGUGUUGUGUAGCAUCAUAGCAGGUAUGGCAGUGUAUGGCUGAGCAACUAAAUCCUUGUAUGAAAGGAAAUGAGCUAUUUAGUUUGGUACUGUUUCCAACUGCUGCUUCAAUUUAACAAUCAUGUUCAAAUUUUGAUCCUUUUUCUGUAGACUUAAUAAACACAAUAGCUGUGCUCAUUGUGUGAACCUUUCUGCUCACCUUACAAAGUAUCAGUACAAAAUUAGAAUGUAUCUCUAAAAUCA